AUGGGCUCAGAAUUCGGUGCCACAGCCGAAUCCAAGGCUCAAAUUGACCUGGGUCCGGUCACGAUCUGGUGGGCCGUCUGGGGAUGCCUCUGGACGAUCGUUGUGGUCGCCGGCAUGGUCUAUCUCAUCAUUAACCGCAAUAUGCCAACAUUGCGAAUCCGGGGUCUCGGUCUAUCACUCACUUCGAUCGUAAUCCUUCACUUAUAUUGGAUCCCUACCCAAUUCGGCACUAUGCUAGGCCCAGUCUUGCCUGGAGACUGUGGCUAUUGGCUCAUGGGGACCUUGCUGCCUUGCGGCAUGGCCCUCUUCCAUGGCUCUAACACUCGCUUCCUCCACGUCGCUAAUCAGCAAAAGAAGUUCGCCGUGGACGCCGACUACCUCGGCGACAGCGCCCCCGUUGCGCCCCCAUCCGGCUUGAUCGGCCGUUUCAAGCGCGCCAAGUAUACCACCAAAAUCCUUUUCUGGUGCGCCAUCGCCAUGUUCAGUCAGGUCUUCCUUACUAUCUUGAUGUGGCUCAUUUCCCGCAAGUACCACAGCUCUUGGGGUAUUCCCGGCACCCAGGUUACCGGAACCCCAAUGGAAAUCCUGGCGAAACAGGGUGCCGGAUGGGAAUGGUGGCCUAGCCUGUGUAUGCAAUUCUUCUGGUCCUGGCUCGUCGCCCCUUUCGUUCUCUGGAAGUCCCGCAGCAUUCACGACACCCACGGCUGGCGCAUCCAAACCAUCGGCUGCGCUGUCGCUGGUCUCCAUGCCACCCCAAUGUGGCUGGUCGGUAUAUACGUUCCCCAGAUGGCCCCUGUCAACAAGGUCUGGGUGCCCCCUCAGUGGAUUUGUCUCUCCAUCAUGAUCAUUGAGAUCUUCACCGUCCUUCUUCCAUGCUGGGAAGUCAUGCGCCAUCAGAAUCUCCGCCAAGAGACACUCGACUCCAUCGCCCGCUGGGAACUGAAGGUCAAGUCCACUGGCUCUGAGGAGAAGUCCGUUCACUCCGAAUCCACCAUGGUGGCUUCCAUGAUCUCCGGCUGGAAGUCCAACAGCUCAACCACCACCUUCAACUCCCGCGACAGCAUCCUCUCUAUGGGUGCCCUCGAGCACGUCCUCGAACGUAACCCCGGCCCUCUCCAGGAGUUCUCCGCUCUACGCGAGUUCUCCGGCGAGAACAUCGUCUUCCUUACCAACGUCGCCGAGUGGCGCAACAAGCUCCCGGAGGCCAUGAAAGACCGCGCUGCCAUGGGAGACAAGAGCAACCGCGACAUCAUCCGCAGCGCUUUCAACCGCGCCUUGCACAUCUACGCUGAGUUCAUCAGUGUGCGCCACGCCGAGUUCCCCGUCAACAUCUCUCACCAGGAGCUGAAGAAGCUGGAGGACAUCUUCGAGAAGCCUACCCGUCUGAUUUACGGCGAGGAGCGCGAAUGCGACCCCACCAGUCCCUUUGACAAGUUCGCUUUCGAUCUGCCCUCCCCCGCGUCAGCCGACUCCGAGAAGACCAUGCAGUCAGCCAUGGCUGCGCCUAUUCGGGAUCGCGUGCAGUACUGGGGAGACAUCCCCGCGGAGUUCGAGGCAUCGAUCUUCGACGCCGCCGAGGCGAGUAUCAAGUAUCUCGUGCUCACCAAUACCUGGCCCAAGUUCAUCAAGGACCGCCGAGGCUCGAUCGAAUCGUUCGACACCCUCAAGGGUAUGGAAGUCUAA